AUGUCACCUCAAAAGAGAGUUAAGGACUCUAAGGCACAAAAGAGGACUUCACAAGGUAGUGAUAGUUAUCAGACUAAUUUCGUGGCCUUGGAAGAAGAGAACCUAAAUGACUCAAAGUGCAGCUUGAAACAUGGACAAGAUAAUCCUAUGAAAGAUUAUGGACAUGUUGAUGAUGAAGCAGAAGAUGAUCUGAAAAGAGCAAUGAGAUACUUUGAGAAAGGUCCUGUUAAAACUUCACAGAUGAAGGAUAAAACCUUGGAAAAACACUUCAGAACUGUGGAAAAUGUGGCUUGGAAGAGUGGGUUAGCUCCAGAAGGAAUUGACAUUCUAUUAAAUGUGGCACUUAGUGGCAAAUUUGGAAAUGCUGUGAACACUCGGAUAUUGAAGUGCAUGAUUCCAGCAACUCUAGUGUCAGAAGAUUCGGUGGUUAAGGCGAUCUCCUGGCUUUGUGUUGGCAAAUGUUCUGGUAGCACCAAGGUACUUUUUUAUCGUUGGCUGGUUGCUAUGUUUGACUUCAUUGAUCACAAGGAGCAAAUUAACUUACUCUAUGGCUUCUUUUUUGCUUCAUUGCAAGAUGAUGCACUGUGCCCUUAUGUUUGCCAUUUGUUAUAUUUACUUACCAAAAAAGAGAAUGUCAAACCAUUUCGUGUGAGAAAACUGCUUAGUCUUCAGGCCAAAAUGGGAAUGCAGCCUCAUCUCCAGGCUUUGUUGUCACUGUAUAAGUUCUUUGCUCCUACUUUGAUUUCUGUAUCUUUGCCUGCAAGGAAGAAGAUUUAUUUUAAGAAUUCAGAUAAUCUGUGGAAAACAGCUCUGCUUGCUCUGAGACAAAGGAAUCAGGGACCCCCUCCCGAACCUGUAAAAUUGAUGUUAGGUCCAGCUAAUGUCCGUCCUCUAAAAAGAAAAUGGAAUUCUUACUCAGUUAUACCCGUGCUGAAUUCUAGUAGCUACAGUAAAGAAUAUGGGAAAAAAGGGAUGGCUCUUUCUGAUUAUCUCAGUAGUAAUGGAUCAUUUCCACUAGAACAGCUUAAAAGCUUCCCUCAACUCUUAAAGAACAUCCAUUGCUUAGAGCUGCCUUCUCAGAUGGGUGCAGUGUUGAACAACUCUCUGCUGCUUCACUAUAUUAACUGUGUCAAAGACGAGUCCGUAUUAUUGAGACUCUAUCACUGGUUGAGUCAAACAUUACAGGAAGAGUGUAUUUGGUACAAGGUGAAUAAUUAUGAACACGGAAAAGAAUUUGCCAGCUUCCUGGACACUAUCAUCAGGGCACAGUGCUUCUUACAAGAGGGGUUUUAUUCCUGUGAAACAUUCCUGUAUAAGAGCCUUCCUCUCUGGGAUGGCCUCUGUUGUCGAUCACAGUUCCUUCAGCUUGUGAGCUGGAUUCCUUUUAGUAGCUUCUCUGAGAUGAAGCCACUUCUUUUUGACCAUCUAGCACAGCUCUUCUUUACAUCAACCAUUUAUUUCAAGUGUAGUGUUCUCCAGACUUUGAGAGAACUACUGCAGAAUUGGCUCUUGUGGCUUUCUACAGACAUCCACAUGAAACCUGUGAUGGACAGUCCUCUGGAGAGCACUUUAAGUGGAUCCAUGAACUCUGUGUCUGAACUGAUUCACUACGUAGGGUGGCUGUCUACCACUGCAGUGCGCUUGGAAAGCAACAAUACUUUCUUACUGCACUUUAUUUUGGAUUUCUAUGAGAAGGUAUGUGAUGUAUAUAUAAAUUAUAACCUUCCACUAGUGAUAUUGUUUCCUCCGGGGAUCUUCUAUCCUACUCUCCUCAGCCUAGAUUCCAGUAUCCUGAACCAGCUGUGUUAUAUCAUGCACAGGUAUCGUAAAAAUUUGACAGCUGCAAAGAAAAAUGAGUUCAUACAAAAGACAAAAUUACAGUUCAGAUUCAGCACCAAGACCUAUCAAGAAUUUAAUCACUAUUUGAUGGUCAUGGUUGGUUGCCUGUGGACAUCCAGACCUUUCCAGAAAGGAUUAUAUAUUGACCAUGAAGUCUUAGAAAAAGCUGGAGUAGUGGAAUAUAAAAGCAGUUUAAAUUUAGUUCAUCACCCAGCUCUAUUGAGUUAUGCAGUCUCCUUUCUGCUCCAGGAAUGCCCAGAAGAAAGAGUAAGCAUGAGCUCUAUUCGGGGAAAGAAAUGGAACUGGUAUUUGGACUAUUUAUUUUCAGAGGGGUUACAAGGCUUGCAACUUUUCAUAAAGAGUAGUAUUCAUCGUUCUUCUGUCCCCACUGACCAGAGAGCAUAAACCACAUCAUGAACAUUAAAUGAAUUUUGACUGAAACAGACGGACCAUACCGGACUAAAUUCUUUUCCUUGUUGCUAGAGAGGCCAAGUGGUCAACUUCAGUUCCAUAAUCUGUUCACCAACAGACUGCCUCCUAGUGAAAACUAACUUCAUCAUCAGGCUCUGCCUUCCACCAGAGUAUACAUAGAUACAUCUUUAAUGCGGUGGAAUUUUUCACAUUCUUGUGGACUAUAAAUUGCAUCAGUGGAAGAGAGCAGGUAACACUGUGGCAGUUAAGCCACAUACUCGUGCAAAAUGCCCUGCCGCUUCUCAACCCUCUGGGCAUAUUGCCAUUUUCCUUAUUGUGAACAACAGCAUCAGCAUCAAGUUAACAGGAUACAACAUUUUUAACGCUAAAACCAGCUCUAGCUAAUUGGUAGCUUUUUGGGCCUUCACUGGUAACAAUUUGAUAAGAGAAGGAAGGGGAGAGGAUUGUGGGAUAAUCUAUAAUGUUCCUAUUUAUUCCUCUUUGAUUUCACAAAACUGUACUAUUUUGUGUAUGUGUAUGUAUGUAUAUGUUAAAUGUCCCAUUUUUACAUGUUCAGGCCCAUUUAAAUAAACUGAGACUUUAUUUUCAGGGA